AUGGCACCCAACAUGAGGCCGCUCGCCGCUUCUGCCAACGUCCUCUCGCAGGUUCAGCUGGCUGGACGCAGGAACUUGAGCACACAGCGCCCGUCGCUUAUCGCCAACAGGGCGCAAUGGACUCCCCGGCCUACCCAGUAUCAGAUUGCUCUCCGCCAGUCUGUCCGCCAGCAGUCAAGCGGCGCGCCCAAGCCCAAGCCCAAGAGGUUCCGCCUCCUGCGCUGGACAUGGCGCCUCACCCAGCUCUCCGCCAUCGCCGGCCUUGGAUACGUCGGAUACGGCAUUUACGAGACUCGCAACCCCGCCGACCAGCCGCCGCCUGACCCAAGCAAGAAGACUCUGGUUGUUCUCGGUACCGGUUGGGGCUCCGUCUCUCUGCUGAAGAAGCUCGACACGGAGAACUACAAUGUCAUCGUCGUCUCCCCCCGAAACUACUUCCUCUUCACUCCUCUCCUUCCCUCAUGCACUGUCGGCACCAUUGAGCACCGCUCCAUCAUGGAGCCCAUCCGCAAUUUCUUGCGCCACAAGAAGGCGCAAGUCAAAUACUACGAAGCCGAGGCCACCAAGAUCGACUACGAGAAGAAGGUUGUCUACAUCAGCGACGACUCAGACAUCAAGGGCGACGUCUCGCAGACCGAGGUUCCCUUCGACAUGUUGGUCGUUGGUGUUGGCGCUGAGAACGCCACUUUCGGCAUUCCCGGUGUCAAGGAGAACGGUCUUUUCUUGAAGGAGGUCGGCGAUGCUCAGCGCAUCCGAAACCGCAUCAUGGACUGCUGCGAGACCGCUACCUUCAAGGACCAGUCUGACGAGGAGAAGAAGCGCCUGCUACACAUGGUCGUUGUUGGAGGUGGUCCCACUGGUGUCGAGUUCGCCGGUGAGCUCCAGGACUUCUUCCACUCUGAUUUGAAGAAGUGGCUCCCCGAGAUUCAGGAUAACUUCAAGGUCACCCUCGUUGAGGCUCUGCCCAACGUCCUUCCCAUGUUCUCCAAGCAGCUCAUCGACUACACCGAGAAGACCUUCAAGGAAGAGACCAUCACCAUCCGCACAAAGACCAUGGUCAAGAACGUCACAUCAAAGUUCAUCGAGGCUGAGUCGACCGGCCCUGACGGCAAGAAGCAGCUCGAGAAGAUCCCUUACGGUCUUCUGGUCUGGGCUACUGGUAACGCUCUCCGACCCAUUGUCAAGGACCUCAUCAACCAGAUUCCCGCACAAAAGGACUCCCGCCGUGGUCUCGCCGUAAACGAGUACCUCGUCGUCAAGGGUACCGAGAACGUCUGGGCUGUCGGUGACUGCGCCGUUGCCAACUACGCCCCCACUGCCCAGGUCGCCGCUCAGGAGGGUGCUUUCCUCGCCCGCAUGUUCAACAACAUGGCCAAGACCUCCGAGAUUGAGGGCGAGCUUGCCGAGCUCUCCGUUGCACAGGAGAAGGCACCAGGAAAGGAGGCCCGUGACAAGGUCUUUGGCGAGAUCAAGGCUCUGCAGCAGAGGCUGAGGAGGAUCAAGUCUAUCGGUCCCUUUGAGUACUCCCACCAGGGUUCGCUCGCCUACAUUGGUUCCGAGAAGGCUGUUGCCGACAUCUCAUGGUUCUCUGGCAACAUUGCUUCUGGCGGUACCAUUACCUACAUCUUCUGGCGCUCGGCAUACCUCAGCAUGUGCUUCAGCACCCGUAACAGGAUAUUGGUCAUGCUUGACUGGGCCAAGGCCAAGUGCUUCGGUCGCGAUGUCUCGCGUGUCUAA